AUGACUCCUAUUGAUCCUCUGAAUUAGUCUAAGGAACUUAGCAAGAGCACUCUCAAAAUGUCAAAACCUGCUAAAGAAAGGGAAAGAGAAAUUCAUCAGUAAAACAAUGUCCUCCUCAGCAAAAUGCUGGACAUCAUUAAGAGAAAGAAGGGUACGUCUCACACUUCGAAGUCUACUAAUGGUGUUUUCAAUUACAAUUAAACCUAGCCUAUCAUUCAAUAAAGCUUAUCUAACAGAAUAAACACUCAGACAAGCAAUUCAUUUAUCAAUCAAAACAACAACACUCAAAAUGUCUCAAACCAGCUGUCCUAGUCAUCAUAACUCUAGUUCAAAACUGCCAAUUUCAAUGGCACACUUAACUUUUACCAAAGAAAGAAGGAGCUGUAUAAGAUUAAUUAGGAGAAUUAGAUACUUUUGAGGACAAUUUAAGGUGCUUAGCCCACUUACACCAGAGUUGACUGGAGACAGCACACUUAAAAAUUCAAAAAGUACAGAAAGCAGAUAGCAACCACAAGGCACAGUUAGACUGUAUCAGUAACUGCAAGUGGAGAAAGAUAUGAGCCAGUCAAGCCUAACAAUGGAAUUUUCUACUAGCAUUCAAAGACACCAGUCAAUCCAUCACAGUUUCCAUUUGUGCAAAGAGUAUCUUUAAAUAAUGUGCUUUCCUAAAAGAAGCACGAUAAUUUCAUGGACUUCAAGACUCCCCAAUCAAUGACUUAGCAGCUUAACACCGCAGUGACUUCAAACUCUAAAAGAUUUCAAAACCCACAGACGCCUUCAAAUCAAAACUUUUACGAAUAGCAAAAUAUCAGCGCUAUAUCAAACAAUUAGACUAAUUACUCUCCAAGCAGGAUUGAUACUUAGGAGCAUAUGAAUAAUUAUGUGCACGCUUAAACCAGUGGAUUUGGAAACAGCAAGUAUACUAAGAGUCCUUUGGUAGGCUCAACUAUCGAGCCUUCUUCUAUUAUUGUUCAAGAACAAAAGAUGUAGUGGAACCAAGAUCCGCAGAUAUCCAAUAACAAGAUAGCUGCAGGGCAAGUGCGCACAGGAGAUACAUUGGUGAAGAACGAUAGUAAUCUAAUGCCCAAGUAAAGUUACAGGUAAAAUUAGAGAUCAUAGCAGCAUACCAGCCGGAUUGUAAGCAACUUACUCGAAAAUUCUACUUAGUCAAAGUAUGUUAAGCCAUCAACAGCCUCAGCUUAUGCUGAAAUACUCAAGAUCUACUACCCACAAGGCAAGGUGCCUAAGUUUAACUUUAUGGCCCCCAAGCAACCUCUUUCUAAGUUGAUAAAUAACAUGACACAAAGAGCCUCUUCACAGCUGAGGAAAAGAACACCUGCAAAAGUUAACUAAUGGAUGCAAGGGAAUUCACAUCAGGAGCUGUUCAAUGAAACUUCUUAGAAUUAUAGAAUUCCACAAUUUCAUGAUUAGUAGAGCAACCAGAGCAAUAAUAACAUCAAUCAGAGUCCCUUUGACUUUGAGUUCUCUCCUCAGUAUCAGAAGACUCAACCCUUCAUCCUAAGUGAGGAGUCUGACCAAAAGCGCUAGUAGUUAAUGAGCAGACAAGGUAGACGCAAAGUUAACGGCAACACUCAAGGAGACUCUGAAAUCAAAAUGCUCAGAAACAGAAGGGUAGAUGCUUCAAACGGAAAGACUGCAAAUAUGAACAUCUUUGACGAUAGAUUUGAGUUGGAGAGCACUAGUGAGCCUGAAGAUGAGGACGAUAGGGACAUAGACGGAGGAGGAAUCAACCUAGAUGACAGUGGAAUCAACCAGACUAACUAUUACAACAACGGCACUGAAAUGAAUGAAAGAGUUUAUCUCAGAAACUUCGAUCAGGAGGACAGGUCGCAGAUCCUACACACUCAGCCGUUCGAGGAGAGCUUAAUAAAUACUGGAUAAGAAGGCUAGACUUCUUACAGAGGCUACAGAGAUAAUCUCAACAUGAGUUAACCGGUUCCAAGACUAGACAACUCUAGUAUGUUAUAGAGUUCAGUAAAUGAAAAUUAGAACUAAGAAAAUACAAGUUUAAUUUUGAAGGAUUUGCUGAGUCAGCAAACCAAUAAAAAUCCCAUUGUAGAGUAGACUCCUUCUCCCAAGAAGCAUGAGCCUUUUAAACUUGAACAAGACGAGGAAAUUGCUCAGGAUCAAUAUAAUUUCAAGUUAGAAGAAAUAAAGUAGGAACAGGAGCAAUAGUAGGAUGAUUAAAAUGAAUUGGAGGAGUCUUAUCUCCCAAGGUAGUCCUCAGCCACAUAGCAGGAUAGAAUGGACUUAUACAGAAACGGCUAUCAAUAGGAGCAGUAGAAUUCAUUACCAACAUCAAGAAUGCUGCAAUUCGAACAUUAGACCACCUUCAAUAAAGUACAUAGUUCUGACUUGAAGCAGGAACCAGCUAAUAGAAGCAUAACUAAUCAAGAAUACACAUUCACACAUAAAGACCAAAAUAAUAGCAUAAAGGAGUUUAGUGCAUUGGUUUUGGACAAGCCCACUGAUUAGUCCUUAACAAUAGGUUAAGAUCCACAACUGAUCUUUGAACUUUUACCACAAUAGCAUGUAGUAGAUACUUAGAACGACUACCAGGAUAUCUAGCACUAUGAGGAAUAAAUCGAAGAGGGAGAAGAUUAAGAUCAAGAUCUUGAUGAUGAGUAGUAUGUUGAGGACUACGAGUAGGAUCAAUAAGAAUAUGAAGAUGAUGAAGUUCAUCAGAGCGUCAAGGUACUUAAUCAAAUUGAUAAUAAAAACACCAACGCUAACACUAACACAAACAACAAUAGGAAAUAUAUAGAUAGCGAUGCAGAUGCGGAUGCCAAUGAAUACGAAGAAAUUAAUGAUGAAAUAUUAGAUGAGUAUGAUUGA